AUGGACUUGCUACAAGACGUCCUUUUAGGGCAGGCUCAGAAGAUGUUCAUCACCGGCGGAAUUCAAUACUUCAAUCUCAACAACGAUGGCGGUGCAAAAUCUUGCCAAGUUGCGAAAAGACUCCAACUCGGCGAGUGA